UCGUUUAUCAGUUAUACACAGUCCAAGUGUUUAGCUAGAGAAAAAGAAAUGAACGGCAUAGUUAUGUUUUUGGUUUGUGUUGAAUAUUUUUAUUUAUCUUUUUAGUGACAUUUCAUUAAUUCUUGGUUAAGAAAUAUUUUACAUUUGAUUUCACAAUGAGUCAGAUCACGCUUGGGUAGGUUUGUACUGUAUGAUUUUAUAUUGGAUUGCAAAUUUUGUGUCCUCAAUGUAAGGUUUCUAUCAUACAAAGCAUGUACUUGUGUCUUUAGUUGUGUGUGUAUCCUGUAGAUCAAUAAUGGUCCAACACAGCAUCCCAGAAGCCACUAGCACGUCAGAUUUGAGUGGAGUAAGGGGAUGAGUGUGAGUUACACAGGGUGAGGAAGGGAAGCCCCUCUGGAAACACUAGAGGGAAGCCAAAUUACGGCUGUUCUAGUUGUGAGUUAGUUUAGUCGUCAGGCUCAAAUGUUGGAGAGAAGUGUUGCGAUAGCAAAUAGAAAAUUAUCAUUGCCAGUAUGUAAAAGAAAAUAAUUGUUCUACUGCUCCAAUUGAUUGAUUUUUUCGAAAAUAAUUUAAUUUUCUUCAACUUCACAAUAUUCGACUCAUAAGUAUGUAUUUUUGAAUCAAAAACUUCACAGCUACCAAUAAGUACCCCCGAUUAUGAAGGAAUUUUGAAGAUAUGAUUUUCUAAUCGCAGGGGCUUGUGAAUUGUAAUGCGAGCGCUUUUGCGUGGAACACUCUACUGUGCUUUGUGGUAUGGCAGCAUUGUUGCAGGUUUUUUAUUCAUCGCCUGCCCACUUUUACCAGUAUUACUCCUGAGCCCAAUAAGAUUUCGAAAAUGCGCGGAUCUACUCUUCUCGUGUUGGGAACUAUAUCCCACAGGACUAUUGGAGAUGUUUGGUGUGAAGAUCUUAGUGUCAGGAGAUCACAUUUCCCCCUAUGAAUCUGCUAUUCUUGUCAUGAACCACCGGACCAGGGUUGACUGGAACUUUUUAUGGGCAGCGAUGUACCAAGCGUGUAUGCCAGAAGUUGCUGCCCACAAAUUGAAGUUCAUUCUGAAAGAUCCUAUUCGGCACAUACCUGGCCCAGGAUGGGUCAUGCAGAUAAAUGGCUUUCUUUACAUAACGCGACACUGGGAUGAAGAUCGAGGUCGAUUAUCAGGUUCACUAGAUUACUUGGUGGCGCUUGGUAGACGUUGUCAACUUUUGAUAUUUCCUGAGGGUACCGAUUUAACGCCAGACAGUAAAAAAAAAUCUAACAACUAUGCCAGCAAGCAUGGAUUACCAAAAUAUGAUUAUACAUUACACCCAAAAACAACUGGGUUCAGCUACUUAGUACGUCACCUUCAUCAAGCUGAAUAUCUCGAUGCAGUUUAUGAUCUAACAAUUGCAUAUCCCGACUACGUACCACAAUCUGAGGUAGAUCUAGUCAGAGGCAAACUACCCAAAGAAGUUCAUUUUCAUGUGGAGCGUAUUCCAGCUACGGAUGUACCAAAAGAUGAUUCAAUGCUAAGACAGUGGCUGGAGAAUAGAUGGCAUCAUAAAGAAGCAUCUCUAGAACAAUUUUCUAAAAGAAAAUCAUUCCCAGCUAAAAUAUGGCCAAUGGCUUCUCUGAUACCAUUACGAGCUGCCAUUGGAUUUUGGAGUUUGUUGACAGGUGCAGCAAUACUAUUACUUAUAAUUUCUCCAUUAUUCCAACUCUGGGCAUUGGUACAUGCAGUGGUAUUCAUUUGCCUGUCUUUAUUCAGUAACGGUUUCAAUCAAAUUGAAAUGGGAUGGUACUGGCGCUGGAGGAGUCAUGGUUGAUUGAAACAUGUCUUUAGAUGAAUAGAACAAGGUUUUAACUAUAUUGCAUCGCUAAUUAAUCAUGACCAAAAUUUGGUAAUCCAGCAACAGUAUUCGUUAGGAUACACAUUAUAUGGGUCACCGAUGGGGAAAUAGAAAAGCGAGAAAACUCGUUAGGUGAUAUAGGUACAUACUUACAAUGAAAUACUCGACUAAUUAAAUGGAUGUGGUUCAUUUGACACUCUAAAUAGAAAAUUUUGUAUCAAUUUACUUGUGGUUUUCAAAGCAAAUCUCUUUAAACUUUGUACUAAUGAUUUAAAAAUUUACUCAUUUUAAUACAUAAGUCUACACACUUUCGGAUUGUUCAGAUAAUGGAGCGUUAACAAAUUCAUAUUUUUCAGUACAAAACUAUUUUUCUUAGUAAUCUUCUAUUCGGUUUGGGAAGUUUAUAGUUCUAUUGAUAUUGUUGAAUUGGAGUAAUGGCAGCUAUAGGCUACCAGUGAUAGCUUUAUAAUCGUGAUAUAAAGGUGUAGGUGAAAGGUUGCUAUUGUAAGCUCCAUGAAACUUUCCCAAUUCCUAAUUCUUCAAAUUCAAGACUCAAGUCAUAUACGUAAUUAGCGGAUAUGAGCUUCGAUACUGUAGUGUAACAGCUAACAUUCAGCACGAUAUUAUUUUUGUUAUUUUUCUUCAAUGUUAAUCAAUUCUACAAAUGGAAGUUAAUAUUUCAAGCUCGAAUGGAUAGAUGUGGUUUAAUUUUAUAGUAUAGCCAAAAUACUAGUUUCCUCACCUAAUUAUUUGGAAUUCGUAGUUUGAUUUCUGAGAAAUAGUAAACAAAUCUUUUACAAAUUAGUAUGGUCAUUGUUAUCUGUGGGGCAAUUUAGUUACAUUUUGAAACUAGAAGUUUUGAAAAUUUCCAUUUGUGUAAUAUCUUUAGUGGUGUAGUAUUAUGCUACAUCCUUUUUGAGCUUCAAUACAGGAAGUGUACCGAUUUUUACAAAAAAAUAGCUAUCAGCAUUGAAUUUUAAACAACAUGUAUUUCAAACAGUCAUUUACAGUAUCUUAUCAAUGUCUUGUACAAAUUAGGAUUAACAUUGAGUGAUGUAACAAAUCUUCGUUAAAGAAUCAAAAGGAACAUAGUAAGUUAUUCAAAAUGAAUAAGUUAGCUCAGAAUCUUCAUGGGAUAAUUGAAAACUGAUGUAUACCGCGGACAAUAUUAGAAGAGUAGGACGUUGAAACUUUUACACUAUUUUUAUUACCAAGCUUUGUGGUGUCUGUAUCAUUUGGAAUAAUGAGAAAUAUUCCGAUAUUUUGUUUCAUUUGUUCAAGUAGUAUAUUACUUCCAACGAGUAUUAUACAACAAGAUAACUCAUCAAAAAACUCAAAGUUCAGAUUAAUCAAUUUUUCAGCUGAACAAAAAGUGAAGCUCUGAUGGUACUUUGAUAAAGAUUUGGCAAUCAAAUGCAUGUAAAUAAUUCACUUAGUGUUAAUUGUAGAUUGAAUGAGUUGUAGCUGUUUUGUAACCAGAUAACAUGUACGUAUUGGAAGCUGACAAGAUGAAAAAAUAUAUUUUUCCUUAGAUGUAGAUUUAGCAUAUCUCGACGUAAGUUAAGAAGUGAAUUCACGUGCCAAAGAAGCAGCUAUAUGGUCAACAACACUUGUAUUGUCUGAACAAAUUCAAUUUGCAAUAUUUGUAAUAUGUCUUACAAGCAGGACCAUUCAAAAGAGACAGAUAAAACAUGUUGGAGAUUAUUGAAAUCUAGAAACUUGUGAUUUUCAUUGAAUCUGUUUAGCAAUGAGAAUUCAAGUAUUGAAACCAUAAUAGCUGGUUGUAUGUAUCGAUAGAUGAACUCUAGCACAUACCUUAUAAUAUUUAUAAAUUAGCCACACCUCCAGGCACUGGUUAUUUACAUCAACUAGUGUACCUUCAAUAUAGGUAUACUCAGGUACACAAAAAUCUGAGCAAAUUACUCUGGCAUAAUGAAUAGCUACGUAAGUGUGUCGUGAUGUAUAUUAAUAAUUCUUAAUAGCCGAGAAUAACUUGUUAAACUAUUGGUGUCAAUAUGUGGUAGCAAAUGUGAAAAUAGUCUUGUUAAUCCUAAGUUAGUUUGAGAACACGAUAAAAUCAAGUCGUUUUAUGCAAGCGUGUACAAAUCACACUAAAACAGUUGGACGCGAGAUCCAAAAAAAAAAACUGCAACAUUUAUUGAAUCCCACUCAAGUUAUAUUCAAAUUACAUGAAAUCA